AAGAAGACACAGUAACCCGGAUGGACCGUACAAAGCAAGGCUCCGGCCUCACCUCGUUCUUUUGCUGAAGAGUUGACCACGGUGGUAGUCCUCGUUCCUGGCUCACCGCUGUUCGUUUCCUUUUCUUCCGAAUAAGUCGGCCAGGAGUAAUCACAAUGGCUUUCAAGGACACUGGUAAGGCACCUGUGGAGGCUGAGGUUGCCAUCCACCGCAUCCGCAUCACCCUCACCAGCCGCAACGUCAAGUCUCUGGAGAAGGUCUGCGCAGACUUGAUCCGUGGUGCUAAGGAAAAGAACCUGAAGGUGAAAGGACCUGUCCGUAUGCCAACCAAGACUCUGCGUAUCACCACCAGGAAGACCCCCUGUGGUGAGGGAUCCAAAACAUGGGAUCGCUUCCAGAUGAGGAUCCACAAGCGCCUGAUCGAUCUGCACAGCCCCUCUGAAAUCGUCAAGCAGAUCACCUCAAUCAGCAUCGAACCUGGUGUAGAGGUUGAAGUUACUAUCGCAGACGCAUAAACAAUGCAGAUGAUUCAUUAAAGAAACGAAUAAGAAAA